CUCACUCAGACUCAGUCGGUCAGUCCGACUCCGACCAGCGAGAGUGCGGGACAACGAUUUGAUUGGCUCUUCUUCCCAAGCCGGGUGAAUAUCACCCAAUUCCGACCGCCUAGGGCGGAGGCGAUUCGACGAACCAUGGAAGGCUGCCGCCGCCGGCUCCGCCGGAAGCUCGAGCACGGCAAGGAGGAAGUUGUCUCCUUUCCUUCUCCUUGUCGCCACCAAGCGUCCUCCAGAUUCGAGCAUAGCGGGUUGGACAGCCUCGAUACUACUCCCAGGUGGUUGACCAGGCAUAGGUCUAGAUCCAAGCUUUCACUGGAGAACCUUCCAGAGGACCUGUUAUGCAAUGUAUUAUCGAAACUCACGGUGAAAGAAGCAGGAAGGACAAGUAUACUUUCUUCUCGAUGGAGGAACCGUUGGACAUGCCACUCCAAUCUUUGCUUUGAUGGAUCUAAUUUUCCUGGAUGUGACACUAAUAGAUUUAUCAAGCAUGUCAACAGUGUGUUGCAACAGCACAAAUGUUCAGUGGUUGAAAAAUUCGAGGUUAGGUUUGCACUAUGGAAAGAGCACACACAUCAUGUGGACAGGUUGGUUGGCUUUUCUGCUGCUUUGAUGGCGAAAUGCAUCAUCCUUGAUUUCAGGGCAGCUAUGCGCAUCCAUCACCAAAGAGAACGAAAUAUGUAUAAGCUUCCAGUUAACCUUAUUGGUGGUGAAAACAAAUCUUGUAUUGAGUCUCUCUUCCUCUCCUUUGUGUGGUUAAAGAUUCCAUCAGACUUUCUUGGAUUCAAUAAUUUACAGAAGCUUGAGCUGGUUAUGGUAUCUGACUUAGGGAAUAUCACUUUCUUCCUAGCAAAAUGUCCCGCACUUGUAUGGUUAAGCAUCGCUUGGUCCUCCCUCUUUGACUUGAAUAUUCCCUAUCCACUGUGCCACCUGCAGUAUUUGAAGAUUAGUGACUGUAAUAAGCUGCAAAGCAUAGAAUUACACGCUAUGAGUCUGACAGCUUUUGAGUAUGUGGGGGGUCCAAUACCUAUUAAAUUUGAUGAUUCGCUGAAGCUAUCACAGGCAAGAAUCAGCAUAAAGACUGGAUAUGACAAUGUCAACUACAUUGUGAAUGAACUUUCUUGUUCAUUGGCUCAUGUUGAUCGGCUCUUCCUCACAUUCCGCUUGCUCACUAAGACAAUUUCUUCGACAAAAAAACUGGUUAACUUUAUUCACUUGAGGCAUCUGGUACUGGAUUUUCAUAUCUAUGAAGAACCCAAGAACACAUUUGAUAUCCUUCAAGUGACUCGCAUUCUGGAGGCAGUCCCUCAACUCGAGCAUUUUAUAUUGCAUAUGGGCUCUUACAAAUCAGAACCUUCCUCUCUGAAGGUAACCAAUUGUAUCAGCCCGCGCAGGCACUCUCACCUCAAGACCGUUCACAUGACAGGGAUGUAUGGUUUAGCGGGACAAUUUGAGCUAGCUAAAUACAUUCUCCUGAGUGCCGAUGCUCUUGAGCAUAUGACUCUUGAUCUAGCAAAGGAGAGAUAUCCGCACGCACCUUGGGUGCUGAAUCCAUUCCAUGUUCUAACACUCGAGGGUCUUGCAAAGCGUUAUCUGGAUCCAGAGGGAGUACAUCGUGGUGUGUUGAACAUUUUAGGGCUUAAUGUAACUAAUUAGGAUGUUGCAGCAGCAAUAAAUAUUUAUUAUUCUGGCCA